GUACACCAGCCACCUCCAGUCCAGCACCUUGCCCCGCACUUCACGGAACCCAAGUGUUCGACGAUGUCCUCACCGCCACCGCCGAACUCCACCUCCGACGACUGCCAGGGAACGGCAGCGACGCCGCACAUCGUCCUCUUCCCUAGCGCCGGCAUGGGCCAUCUGGUCCCGUUUACCCGCCUCGCCGUCGCGCUGUCCGCUGGCCACUGCUGCGACGUCUCCCUCGUAACGGCCCUACCCACGGUGUCGUCCGCCGAAUCCUGCCACAUCGCCGCGCUCUUCGCGGCUUUCCCCGCAGUCCGGCGGCUCGACCUCCGUCUCGCCCCGCUGGACGCGUCGUCCGAGUUCCCCGGCGCCGACCCGUUCUACGUCCGCUACGAGGCCCUGCGCCGCUCCACUCCCCUGCUCCUCGGCCCGCUGCUCGCCGGGGCCAGCGCGUCGGCGCUCGUCGCGGACAUCGCGCUGGCCUCCGUGGCCAUACCCGUAGCCAGGGAGCUCCGCGUCCCGUGCUACGUCUUCUUCACCGCGUCGGCCACGAUGCUCUCCUUCAAAGCCUACUUCCCCACCUACCUCGACGCCAACGGCGGCGCCGGACACAGCGUCGGCGACGUCGACGUCCCCGGCGUGUGCCGCGUCCCCAGAUCCUCCAUUCCGCAGGCGCUUCACGAUCCCGACGACAUCUUCACCCGGCAGUUCGUCGCGAACGGCCGGGCGCUCGUGGCAGCCGACGGCCUCCUGGUCAACGCCUUCGAGGCCAUGGAGCCGGAGGCCGUCGCUGCUCUGCUGGGCGGCUCCGUUGUCGCCAGCCUCCCGCCGGUGUUCGCCGUGGGGCCACUUAUGCCGUUGAACCUUCGGGAGGCAGCGGAAGAACAGGGGAAUUACAGGGCGUGGCUCGACGCGCAGCCGCCGCGGUCGGUGGUGUACGUGAGCUUCGGCAGCCGCAAGGCCCUGGCCAGGGACCAGAUCAGAGAGCUCGCCGCCUGGCUGGAAGCGUGCGGCCACCGGUUCUUGUGGGUCGUGAAGGGCGCCGUCGUGGACAGAGACGACGCCUGCGAGCUCAGCGACCUGCUCGGCGAGGGCUUUCAGCGGCGGGUGGAAGGCCGGGGCCUGGUGACCAAAUCGUGGGUGGAGCAGGACGAGGUGCUGAGGCACCCGGCGGUGGGGUUGUUCGUGAGCCACUGCGGAUGGAACUCGGUGACGGAGGCGGCGGCGAACGGCGUGCCGGUGUUAGCGUGGCCGAGGUUCGCGGACCAGCGGGUGAACGCCCGCGUGGUGGCGCGCGCUGGGUUCGGCGUGUGGGUGGAGCGGUGGAGCUGGGAGGGGGAGGAGGCGGUGGUGGGAGCGGAGGAGAUCGCGGAGCAGGUGGUGGCAGCGAUGGGAGACCAGGCGGUGGCGGAGAAGGCGGCGAGCGUUCGAGAUGAGGCGGCAAGAGCCGUGGCAGACGGCGGCACGAGCCAGCAGAGCCUGGCCGAAUUUGUGCGUCGUUGCCGGGGCGGUUUGGCUGGCCCGGGUACGGACCUUGGAAGGACGUGGACAGCGCGAGGAUGACCCCACUAUGCUGCACAUGGCUGCCUACCUUCUCACCUUGGACGAGCUCUACGACGAGCAGGCUGCUAAGUUGAAGUAGCAGACCCGUAGGGCCGAGGACGCAAAAGUUAUGGUGAGGAGGCUUCAGGUGAAGUUAGCCGCCGCCGAAGCCCGAGCCGCAGCCGCUCAAAGCAAUGAGGCCAUUGCCGUUGAGGCUCUCAAGGAGGCCGAGGAUCGGCACUCCAAGGAACUGAAGGAUGCCCACCUCACCAUUCGUGCCAGAAGGAGGAUGGUGGCCAUCGAGGACGACGAGGCCCCGAUCCUUGAAGGGAUUCCCAUUGCCCCAGGGCCCAGUAAGCGGAAAAGCCCGGACGCCACCCCGGCACCACCACCUUCAAAAAGGAACUCCGAGGUGUCGGAUGGAGUGGUUCCCGAGACCCCUCCCACGGGGCGGGACUCUGAAGGAUGAGGUGCUGGCCCUUCUCCUUCCGAUAGAAGAUCACUCAGUCCAGGGAGAAGACUCGCCUCGCGAGUAGCAUGCCCAGCCAGGAUUGCCCAAGGAAUGAAGCCGUCAUGGUCCGCAGUUUAGAGUUGUACCCCUUCAGUUGUGUUGCUGUAACCGGUCGUGUAGUACGUGUUUUGGCUUUACCCCCAGCAGUGUUGUACCCCCCCCCCCGUGGCAAA